AUGUCGUCUUACCAAGAGGUUUACAAACUUUACCAUCAAGCGUCUGAAUUUGAGGGAGUCGUCGCUCUAGAAUCUCAGCCUAUGUACGGGACUAUCACCGCAGUUCUUGCAUUGGUAUUCAUUGCACUGGCAUUGUCAUCAAUUUCUAAGGCAGCGGGCCUGCCUUUGGGGCUUCAGUUUGUUCAAUACAGUUUCCUCAGUUUAGCCGGAAGUGCAUUCUUCGGGUUGGCAACUAUAUUCCUUACAAACUCCUUCGGUGUAUAUGCCUAA